GUUGCUAAGACACUCUUGUUUCCCUCCUUGACAACCCUGGCGGGGGUGCGCUCGCUGAGGCCCUGGCUCCGGCCCCCGCGGGAGCAGCACCCCUUGGGGAGAGACAUUUUCUGCUCCCACCAAGCUGGCUGGGCCUGCUUCCUGAAUCUCCUGGGUGUGUCUUAACUACCAGUCCCAGCACCUCCUGAAAGCCCCACUCUCUCCUCCUGGUCACAGAGGAAGGAUCAUGGGAGAAACAGAAGGGAAGAAAGAUGAGGCUGAUUAUAAACGACUGCAGACCUUUCCUCUGGUCAGGCACUCGGACAUGCCAGAGGAGAUGCGAGUGGAGGCCGUGGAGCUGUGUGUCGCGGCCUGUGAGAAAUUCUCCAACAACAACGAGAGUGCCGCCAAGAUGAUCAAAGAGACCAUGGACAAGAAGUUCGGCUCCUCCUGGCACGUGGUGAUCGGCGAAGGCUUCGGCUUUGAGAUCACGCACGAGGUGAAGAACCUCCUCUACCUGUACUUCGGGGGGACCCUGGCUGUGUGCGUCUGGAAGUGCUCCUGACGCUGUCCCCCAGCCCUGCCCCCGUCCCCCGCAGGCCUUUUCCUGCCGUUCCUCUGGGGUGGGGAGCAGCCCCAGGCAGGUCCUGACUUUCCAAAGGAAAGCCGGCCUCUCUUCUGCUGUCCUGUGUACCGUUUCCGGAGCCGCGCCCGGUGUGUGGAUCUGUUGACAUCU